AUGCAAGAGUUUCUUUGUGCUUUAGAGGAUUGCAAUUUAACGUAUAUUGGCUUUGUUGGAUCUUGGUUUACUUGGGAGAGAGGUAGAAUGACUGCAAAAAACAUUGGAGAGCCCCUUGAUAGAGGAGUGGUGACUGAUACCUGGGAGGUAUUGUUUCCGAAUUUUAAAUUGUCUCAUCUUAUUCAUUCGAUGUCUGAUCACUGCCCAUUGUUGUUGAAUACAAACUCUUUCAAUGAUACAAGUAAACGAUGGCAUUUUCGUUUUUAUUCGUCUUGGCUAUUGGAGGAUUCCUGUGAGGUUGAAGUUGUUAAGUUGUGGAAUGAGGUUGAGGGGAUGCUAACUACAAAGCUUCAGCAUGUUAGUCAGGGACUAGGUGUGUGGGACAUUAUCACUGCCUUUUCUCAUAGACAUUCUUCGAGUAGGAAAAGGCACAAUCACAUUGAUUACUUGGAUAACGAAGUGGGAAAUCAUUUUGAGAGGAGUGUUGUUGAGAUGAACUCGUAUGCUCGUGCUUAUUUCAUGGAGUUAUUUUCUUUAUCUGUUAUUGAUAUUGAUGAGGAGAUUUUGGAUGGCAUUCAUCAGAAUAUUUCGUAG